AUGAACGCCCUACGACUUGCUGCCCGCCGGCCAACCUUCCAAUGCCUCAACACACCACCGACUCUCCGAAGCAAGCCCCAGCUGCGCAAUGCCUCACGAUAUGCGAAGAACAAAGUACCCGACAUGGGCGGCGUGGCCACUGAGGAAUUCGUCUCUCUCCACCGCGCAGAUGCUGUCCGUAGAGCACAAGCAAUCCGGAGGAGGAACUGGCUCGCCCUCGGUGCUGCAUUGUCCAUGAUCGCACCCAUCUUUCUCGUCCGGCUAUGGGAUGUACCCUUGGAGAAGGAUGUCACAAAAGAGGAGGAACCGAGUCGCGGCAUUGUAGACAUGGUCAUAGGCCCACCAGCCAAGAACGAUGCUCCCAAGAAAGCAGCAGAAGAAUUCCAGGGCAAAAAGGUCGUCAUCGCAGCCGGCGACAAAAUCAUCGCCGCGCCCGUAGACGCAGAGAACCCCCAGGCCUCAGACGCCGAUGCCAUUGAACUCGUCGAAACCGGCACAUCCUACGUCCCGUACUUCCCGCGCACCAUCCGCCUGCCCACCGAUACCACAGGCCCCGAACAAGUCAGCUCCGACGCGGAAUACCAGCUCCUCGGCCUCGGCAUCCGCAAAGUCUCCUUCCUGCGCGUCCAAGUUUACGUCGUCGGCCUGUACGUCAAAACCGCAGACAUCGGCACUCUGCAAAACCACCUCAUCAACACCGUCGACCCCACCGCCUCGGCGCUUAUUCUCGGCGAGAAGGAAGACCUGCGCGCCGCCCUCCUCGACCCGGAGAAGAGCAACAAGAUCUGGGAAGCCAUACUCAGCCAGAAGGGCACGGGCGCAGUCGACAUGGCCUUCCGUGUCGUGCCCUGCCGCGGCACGGAUUUCAAGCACCUGCAAGACGGCUGGAUGCGCGGCAUCGCGUCACGCACAGACGAGGUGCGCAGGAAACAAGCAGAUCUCCUGCGCCAACAAGCUGCGGAAAACAAAUCCAUCGCGCUCCCUAAGCCCGUCGAGGAAAACGAGUUCUCGGACGAUUCGUUCGGGCUCGCGAUGAAGGAGUUCAAGAAUAUGUUCCAGGGCAAGGGCAAGGCGCCCAAGGGCAGUGUUGUUAUCCUAACAAGGAAUAAACAGGGGACCCUCGGCGCUUUGUACCAGCCUGUUGUGCAGGAGGGCAAGAAGAUGGGCGCGGCGACGUGGCUGGGGGAAGUCAGGGACGAGCGCGUGAGUAGGCUGGUGUGGUUGUUGUAUCUCGGGGGCCAGAAUGUUAGUUCUGAGCCGGCGAGGCAGAGUAUUGUGGACGGGUGUAUACAUAUUACCGAGAGGCCGGUGGGGACGGUGGAGGGCAUGGUGCAAUAA